CUAAAAUUAAAACAAAACAUGUUAACCAAAAUCACUCUGGUUUUUGUGGUUUGAUGUUUUUGCAUGCAUCAACGGUCAGUGUGACAGAUUAAUGUGCCGUCCCGGUUGUUGUGUGUGCAUUCUCGAGAAGCAGCCGGUUACAUCAAAGUUGAAAAUCAUACUUAUAUAGUUAAGCAUAGUUCGUCACAAUGCCAUCGUCAGCUUCAGACAAUAGAGUUGAAACGCAGAGCUAUCCGGAAGGUUCCAAACCGCAGAAUGAGUUCAAAGACAUGGAAAGGCGUUACCGCAGAAACGAAGACUUGGCUCGAUUUAUCCUUACUCGUACCUCUAUAUACCUUCACCGUAUCAACAAGGUAAUGUCGGAGACGGCCGCCCGGUACAGGCUACAGGAGAUUGCUCACGCCAUUUUUGCCAGCCUACAUCAGUACCCGAUCCUGGCGCUAGCAGUCGCGAUUGUGAUUUUCGUCUUCACGCUACCAUUCCUGGUAUUUAUUUUUUUCACGAUGACUACGGCGGUGAUGGCCUUUACCGGGUUUGUGCUGAUCGAGGGUGCACUCAUAACGGCUGCAUCGGUCAUGCUCGUCAGUUUGCUGAUCGGAGUGUUUCUGAUGAUGGCCAUCGUCGGGCUAAUGUUUCUGACCGGCUACUUCGGCAUCUCGCGCGUGUACGAGUGCGUGUCUCGGUUCAAGAUAGACGAUCUGCGGGAAUAUUUGCGCAACAAUCACUAGAGAGCCAUGUGGUAACCGUUUCUUGAUUGAUUUGUACUUAAUUUCACUUAAAUUUUGAACAGUCGGUUUAGUAUUAAUUUGUAUUGUGAUAGCAAUUGUUUUAUCGGAACGAGGUUAAACUAUGGCAUUUAAUAGUUAACAAAAAACAGAAUCUUCCGGCUGCUCCGCAGCUUGAAUCAUUUCAAACGGUUCCAUAUUUAUUCCAGGUAUAGGGAAAUGGUUCACAGUAGUUACCAAUGAUUGAAGCUAGUUAUCUCGAAUCAGGCGGCUUUGGGUCACUAACGAACAAUUCAUGAACAAAGUUAUCAUAGGUAAAUGGUCCGUUAAAAAAAGGACGGGAGAGGGAAAUAUAUAUAUACUAACUAUACAAACA